AUGGCUGUUUUUCUGAAAUUUGCGAUUCUUUUGUUAAUAGCAGACAACACUGUGUUUGCUAAAUCGAAGUCUUCGGUUGCAAAGAGUUUUGAAGCGAACGAAGUGGUGCCCGAUGUCAUUCCCAAAGCACCAACUAAAUUACUUGCAGUGAAGUACCCAAGCGGUGUUAAAGUUAAAGAAGGUAACGAAUUGACACCUACUCAAGUGAAGGAUGUGCCUACCGUGAGCUGGGAAGCCAGUGCUCACGCUUUUUAUACCCUGGCUAUGACUGACCCAGAUGCACCAUCCCGUAAAGAGCCCAAAUUCCGCGAAUGGGAUCACUGGCUCGUUGGCAACAUCCCCGGGGAAAAUGUAUCCUCUGGCGAAACCCUAUCUGCUUACGUCGGAGCCGGACCACCGGAAGGUACUGGUCUCCACCGUUACGUAUUCCUCGUGUACAAGCAACCUGGCAAGCUGACUUUUGAUGAGCCACGUCUACCUAACACCUCCGGCGAAAAACGUACAAUGUUUUCGAUCGCCAAAUUCGCGGAGAAGUACAAUCUGGGUGACCCGAUCGCUGGCAACUUCUUCCAGGCUCAAUACGAUGAUUAUGUCCCUAUCCUAAACGAACAGCUGGGAGCAUAA